AUGGGGUCAUUGUCUAACUAUGGAUUCGUACAUUUGAAUCCCAACGAGAGGCCGGGUUUUCAGUUGAAUGAACAUAACGGCAAAAAUAUCUAUAUUUGUCCGUCGUUCCACUACGAGGGGACUAGUGCAAGUGGAGGACAUACAUUAGCAGACCGGUUAAUAGACAGGGAGAGGGGCCACAAGUUGUUGAUGAGCGAGCUACAAAGAGAACCAUCAAACGAGUUCAGCCCACCACUGCUAAACCCUGAAUGUUGCAGGAUUAGCGAAAAAAUCAAAUUGUCUUCGAUGUAG